UGUCCUGUUGCCUUCAAUGCAGGGUAAUGCUUCAAUUACUCCACGUAUUGUGUCCUAAUUAAGGUAAAGCUUCUUCUGAUCAACCAUUGGGCUGGCGGGCAGAGACUCCAUUGACCUCAAGUCAUAAAAUUGUCCAGCUUAUUCUUCACUUUGGACUGUUUUAUUGGUCGAUCAGAUCACAGUAAAGGGUUGUAAAAAAUGGCGGUAAGUUAAGCGGUUGAGCAUCUAGCUGGUGAUUGUCAAUUGCUAGCUAAAGAAAGACUGUCUAUGGGGGACCCGUGAACCAUUCAUUGUCUCUAGUUUAAGGAAGAAUUUGGAGUGAACUCUCAUUGGACUUGUCAUGCACAUUUUCUUACUUAACGUGAGUAAUUAGAUUCCCUGUGGGACUGUUAGCAUCUUCUUCUUCUUUCAUUUCAUUCCAUGAGGCCAGAGCUGUAGAAAACAGGCAUCAUGGCAGCUGAGGACAAUGAAACAUCAAAUGGAUGGCCACUCGGCCUGAUGAACACAAGACUUCGAGUGAUGGAGAGUAUACAGGCAGCUCCAGUAGAACCGUAUUCCUUGCGCAUACGCUCAUCUAGUUUCUCUUCAUUCUCAUCUUCCAACCUUGACACUGAGUCAUCAGCAUCCUUCUUCCAAGACAACAGUGUGCCGCUGGGCAGGCUGAUUGGAAUUCGACCGGGGAAUGGAGCUUUGUAUUUCCCAAGGAGAGUCCAUGUAGAUGAACGAGAAAAGAUAGGCAUAAGAGCUAUAAGGGCUGCAAGUUCUGAAGUCUCUGGAGCACGCAGGGCAGAUAUGUCUCAAGGGAUCUGCAUUCCUUUACUAUUUGGCACCCUAGAAAAGAUGAGCAGAAGUAAGAGCAAGUCGAGACAAUGAUUUAGAAGGAUUUGAAGGGAAAUAACAUCGGUGGCAUACAUCGUUUCCGCUCACUCCUGCUCUGCAUUUAGAAGGAUUUAUUGUAAAUUGAACAGCAAUAUCCAUUUCACAUUUCAGUAAAGCAUCGAUCCACUGUUGGUAAA